AAGCGCCUAACAUGGUAGUGGUCCAAGGUCGCGUUGAAUGAUUGCAGAUAUUUCUAAAUACGAUGGCGAAAAGGAGACUCCUCCGUAUGUUGUUCAUGUUUUGUUGAUCCUUCCAUAUUUAAUUUAGAAAUCCGGGAGAUUUGCGGUCCCUUCCUGACUUUGCUGCACUUUGUUCUUUCCUGACAUUUUUUGGUUCUGAUCUUGGUAUUCACCUUACGUUCCCACAGUUAUAUGAUUUCCUCGCUCUUCAAAAUUCAGCAAAAACAAAAAUAUGGGAAACUCUUCACGUCAAAUUGCUCAAUAAGUUGAAAUACCGCGCUCGUCCUGAUCGUUGGGAACCAGUUUUGGGUCGUUUCUUGCUUAGUCAUGGUCUUCAUAUUGAUGGAAUUCAAACAGCUGCUGAGCUUCUCUUAAACAGUGAAUGUGGAAAUAAUGAAAAGCUGAAUGUAUUCAUUCAAGAGUCACCUGAAUAUGUCUCUAGUUACUACAGGCUUUCUCCUAACGUUCGUGUUAAAACUCUUCUCUGUCUUUUGGAAACUCAGUUUGAUCGGAAUCAGCCUUUCAAAGAUAAGGCAAAUCUACGCUCUCCUGUCGAUUUACGAUUUCCUCCCUUGGGGAUUGAUGUUUGGGGUAGAAGCUAUUGGCUUCUGAAGGAUUCAGAUAUAAAUAUUUACUUAUACAGAGAAGAUCAUCAGGAAAACAAUUUCCAGUUAUUGUGUGAAUCUUUUGACGACGUUCGUGGUCUCAUCGAGGAAUUGAAAGAAGCCUUUUCGGAAGAUGAAAAGCUCGAAAGUAUUUUUAAGAAAAAGCAAGCUUCAGACAGAUCAAAUCUGAAAUAUCAAUGGACAAACUUGAUACAGGAUAAUGUAGCCUCUCCAGAACUGGAAAUUUCAAAAAAUGACGAGGAUUCUGUUGUUUCACCGCUAUCGCAGCCAAAUGAUUUCUUAAAACCUUCAAUUACACCACCACCAACUCCUACUUGUGAUCAAAAACCAACUAUUCAUUCAGUCGACAUGCUAUUAGCAAUUUCAAAGAUUGAGCAUUCAGUCAAAACAGAAAGUCAAGAAAAUAGUGGGUUAAGUGACGAAGUGGCUUCUAGUGACAGAGGGAAAACGGAUGAUCAAAAUCAUAAUGUUCAUGAAUUUGAGGUGGAACAAAAAUGUCUUGAUGCAAACACAGAAUAUCACAUCAAGCAAGAAUGUACCACUGAACAAGUCCUAAGACCAGAAGAUGAUUGCAAUGAACAUACAAACCAAAAUUCCGAGUCAUCAGCUGUGGAACCAUGUACUACUGUUUUGUCAAAGAAGUUUCGGAAAAACAGCUCCACCAAGAGCUCAGAAAUUGUUGUUAAUGAACAGGAUUUACGACGCAGUAGUAGGCAACGUAAGCCUGUUCAGGUAUUUAAUAUCCAACCGUCUCAAUCUAAACGUCCAAAAUUACCAACCCCAGUUUCAAACUCAUUACACAAGGUCAAUAACGAAAACGAAAAAUCUAAAAAGCAGAAAAUACCUGUCGUAAAAAUACACCUCACUUCAAAUGGCCAUGUAGUAAAUAAAAACCAAAAACGAAAAAAGAAACGUCAUCGUAAAAAACCUCGAAAGGGUUCAAAUCCUUGGGUUUAUGGAACAUCUUCUAGUGACUCAGAUGGUGAAGAUGACUCAUUUGAAAAUGCACUUAUGCAACAUUUAAAUGUAGAUAGCGAUGAAUCAAAUCUUCAUUCACCAAAAAAACCAGGCAAAAACGUAAAUCCUGAGUGGUCAGAUGCGCCUGAAAGUGAUUUCGACCCGAAUGGUUUGGAUAUUCAAAGUGAUGCUGAUAGUGUAACCGAUGGACGGAACUUGGCCAGGCAAAAACGUUUACAAAAGAAGUUUGAAUCAGAUCCAAAUACUAAUUGUAAUGCAGACGAAAAGGAAGAAAUGUGUCAGGUUUGCUUUAAGUCACAUUUACCCGAUUGGAUGUUGUUAUGCGACCGAUGCGAUUUGGGACAUCAUGCUAUGUGCCUCUCACCUCCUUUACAUAUUAUUCCGGAAGGCGAUUGGUUUUGUCCUCGUUGUCAACACGCUACUCUGAUAUCAGCUUUAAACGAAACCAUUACUGUUCUUGAGGCUGAAUCGAAGAAGCGAAAUAUUUGGAAGCGUAUGCAAGAGCGCUUGAAUUUUGUUAAUAUCAGUAUGACGAACAUUUUAGGAGAUGAUGAUAGUGAUUUCCAUGAGCGUAAAAACAAGAAAGGAAAAGUACUGCGUAAUACUCAAAAGAACAAUGUUAAGUAUGCUUGUGAUGACUCGUAUAGUGAUCAAGAAAACGAAGAUAUUGCUUCUGCAUCCCAUUCGGAUACUAAAAAUACUAACUCCAACACUGACUCUGGUGUUGACGGCAGGUCUCAAGGGAAUCCAACUAGGCGUCGUCGUCAAGUUCGGCCAAAAGCAAAGACUCAGUUUUCCAGACCACGCCGUGUAAACUUCCGAGACGAAACGUCUGAAGAAUCAGAGUCAGUCGAGUCUGAUUAUGAACCACUUCCUUGUAGAAAUACUCGUCAACGCCAAGUUAGGUAUAAAGUGAGCGAGGCAUUCAAAGAGCUAGAUGAAGCACUAGAAGCUGACGAAAAAUAUCAAGAAGAAAAGCAGCGCAAACUAAAACGAAAGACUAGUGAACAUUACAACCAAACUGAUGGUGAAAAUGUUAUCGACGAAGAAUGUGAGCUCAACGGUCAUACGCCUAAAUGUUCACGUGGAAAAGACCUAUCGAAUAUCUUGGGGCCGGAUUGGAAAGAAUUCGAAGAAGAUAACAGUAUGCGAUCUCGUAAAAAGCGUCGCAUCGCUGAUCUGUCUUCUAGUUCUUCUAGUGAACAUUCGAAUGAAGAUUCAGUAGAUGGUAAAGCAAGACGGAGUUGUCGAACGAGAGAUGAAGAUUUUAAACCAUCAUCUUCUGAAGUGUCAGAAAGUGAAGAUGAUGUCGACUCUCGGAAGCAUAUUUCAAGUGAUGAGUUUGAACAAUUGUCAAGUGAUAAUAGUUGGCUUUCAACUGCACGACACAAUUCUCGUUCGUCACGUGGAAAUACUCGAAAAAAGAAAAGACCAUCCAACUAUUCUUACCGGUCUCGAAAACCCGUCCCUUGUUUUGAAGACAGUGAUGAAGGAUCUGAUCGUGCAGUAUUACGGACUAGAAGGUGUACCCGAACUGUUGUUAGUUACCGUGAAUCAAACGAUGAAACAACAGAUAAUUCUGAACACAAUCUUUCGGAAAUUCCUGUUACAAGUAAAAGUAAAGUUCGUAGAGUGUUAGAUGAUGAAGAGGAAGAAAAAGAAGAGGAUGCUGAUCGGUCUCCUACUCCAAUAUCUGCCAGUCUAAAAGUAAAACGCUCCCAGUCUAAUCGCACAGUUUUAAAGUAUUCUUCUGAUAGUGAUUAUCAACCGUGUGAAGAUGAUGAUGAUGAUCAAGAAGGGGACAGUCAAGGUGAUAGUGAUUCUUUAACGACGGACGGAAAAAUUCCACCAACAAAUAUCUCUAUAAAAUCAAAAGGUAUUAUUGAAUCACAAUCAGAUGAAUCAAAUCACCAACAUUCAACUUCAGAAUUGAUCAUCUCCGAAACAAGUGAUAUCGAUAAUUCACUUUUCAAAGAUAAUGUGAAAUCGGUUUAUGUCGAAUCAGGUGGCUGUAAAGUUGAAUCUACAGACAAUAUUAUGGUAAACUCAUUUGAUACAUCUAAAAAUCAUGUAAAUGGAAAUAAUUACGAAAAUGAUGAAGAAGUAGAAGACGAGGCUGAUGAAUGUCUACCAGUUCGUACUUUACCACAUGUUUCUCCUCAAUUUGAUAAGCAAAUUAUUGAAAACAAACCUUGUGUUUCUCCGGAUAUUUUUUAAAGUUUAAAUUUAUUUAUAAUUAUGUUCUUUGUUGUAUGCUUAUGACUAAUGUUACUUUUGUAUAUUUUCCAUUUCGAUUGACAUUCAGGGAGAUUUUUGUAGUGUUCGGUAGUUGUUUUAAAAGUCGCCAAGUAAUAAACUAAUAAUAACUAAAGUUCAGUGUAAUUUUUUUUUGGUGUCCUACAAUAAUCUAUACUCAUUAUCUUAUUGUACAUAGUUGAAUCCUGUCGAUUUAUUUGUUAUGAUGUGUUGUUCAUUCGUUUAUUUUUAAUGUUUAGUUGCCUUUUCGGCAGUAUGAUAAUUUUUCAUGAUAAUGGAAAGCAUUUAACUACGUUUAAACACUAUCAACGGAUGCAAAAAAUAAUGUUCUUUUAAUGAGUAAAUGGUUUGAUUUUUCUUUUCGUGAGAUUGUUAUGUAACUGCUUUUUUCUCUUCGUAAAAUUUCACAAAAGAUUCCCCAUAUUACUUACUUUUCCUUGUAAACUUUUGUAAUUCGAUGAUAUCGUGUCUUAUCAUCGUAAAGUAGGUAGUUACAAAAAAUAAUUAAGGGCAGAGUUUUCGUGCCAGAUGUAUAAAUUUAUCUUUUUGGGAACAAUUUCAAAUUGUUGUCAGAUACUACAACAUAGACUAACUUCUCCUGGAUUGAUUUCGCAAUUAUAUAUGUUGACUUAACGUUAUG